AUGAACAUUGAUAUUUCCUUAUCUGAGCUUUGUUUACUACAAGGACAACUUGGUAGUGGAAAACGUUGCUUACUGCCAUCGCUCUCUAAUAUCUAUCUAUCUAUCUAUCUAUCUAUCUAUCUAUCUAUCUAUCUAUUCGUAUGCGUCUCUCUGACUAUCUAUCCGUUCCUAUCCGUCUCGCUAACUACAUUCAUAUCUGUCUCUCUCUUUCUAUCCGUCCGUUCAUAUCUAUCUAUCUAUCUAUCUAUCUAUCUAUCUAUCUAUCUAUCUAUCUAUCUAUCCGUUCAAAUCCGUCUCUCUCUUUAUCUAUCUAUCCGUUCAUAUCCUUCUCGCUGUCGAGCGACUAGAAGCGUUAGCCAGGCAUGUUCCCGCCUGCAUCGCGCAGACGACAAUGUUCACGUUGUCUUACGAAACGUCCUUAUUUUUCUCUUCAUAUUUAUCAGUCAAUCUUUCUUCAAUCCGAAUCUGGAUUCCCAAGCUUCCAGCUUAAUUUCCAUUAACCAUUCCCUUGUUUUUCUCUUUCUCUCUUCGGCUGUCUGUCUAUCAAUAUGUGCUUCUAAUACAUUUCUUAUUUUACCACAGCCUGCUUUAACGUUCUUUCUUUCUCUAUUCGUUUCUUGA